UGUGAUCAUAAUCAUCUGCCAGGGUAUGGGAGCACAAGACGGGAACGAAGUGGAGGGUUCGAGAUUACGGUUGAGCUUUGUUUCAGAAAGGAAGACUGACUAUUCUUAGCGCCCAGCCCGUUCCUCCACUCAUCGAGCAUCAAAGGAAGCACCGGCAUAACACGAAGAGAUAGAUCUAUUUUAGCCAGAGCGCUUAAAUCCCAGUUUUGCGCCCUGUCGUGACUCUAGAGCCUUCUUUGGGGCUAAGAAUAACAACAACUCCGGCUCCAACAUGGUUACUUUCCAAAUCGUGUCGGAUCUUCAUCUCGAGAAUCCCAAGGCGUACGAUGUGUUUGAGAUUCCACCAAAGGCGCCGUACCUCGCACUUCUCGGGGAUAUAGGGAACGUCAAGGACGAUGGCUUUUUCGCAUUUAUCGAGGCUCAGCUCCUGAAAUUUGAGAUUGUGUUCUUACUGUUGGGGAACCACGAGCCAUACGGGUCCAGCUGGUCGGCUACAAAGGACCAGGUGAGGAAGUUCUCUGCCGAACUCAGCCGUAAACAAGCCCAAGCAGCGCAGGCGGGAUCUCCGAUGCUGGGGAAGUUGGUCUUGUUGGAUCAGACUAGGUAUGAUCUCUCGAGCGAUGUGACGGUGCUGGGGUGCACGCUCCAUUCGAAGAUUCUCGAGAACCAAGCAGAGACGGUCAGCGAUCGGUUGAAUGACUUCUACUACAUUACAGACUGGACCGUGGAGGCCCAUAGCGCUGCCCACGAUACCGACCGGGACUGGUUGAAUGAUCAGGUCUUGCAGAUUGCCCGCUCAAACCCUCAUCAUAAAAUCGUGAUCUUUACCCAUCACUGUCCGACCGUCGCAUCUCCAACUGUCGAUCCCGCACAUGUCAACAGCCCGAUAUCUUCGGGGUUUUCGACAGAUCUCACGGGAGAGGUGUGUUGGGAGAAACCCCAAGUCCGGUUGUGGGCGUUUGGGCAUACUCAUUACAACUGCGAUUAUACGGAACAGCGUACAGGGAAGCGAGUGCUGGCGAAUCAACGGGGGUAUUAUUUUGCCCAGGCGCAAGGAUUUGAUGCGGGGAGGCUUAUUACCUUAAAUCUUCUCACUUUUUCCAUGAUGGCAUCUAUAAUCCGCGCGUUGCGACCUUUGUCGCGUACUGUUCCCUCCCUCCGCACCGCCACGGUUCGUCCUUUGACAUCCCGCCUUGUCCAGAGCAGCACACAUGCCUUCUCUACCACAUGCCGCCGGCGGGAUGCGGAUCUGUCUGCCCUCACGCCAACCCCGAUCACCCACCUAUCCGACACCGAGUCCCUCAUGGCAGAGUCGGUACAGAAGUUUGCUCAGGAGCAAAUUGGCCCGAAGGUUCGCGAUAUGGACGAAGCAGAGACCAUGGACCCAACCCUAGUUGAGCAGCUCUUCGAGCAGGGCAUCAUGGGUAUUGAGAUCCCCGAGGAAUUCGGCGGUGCAGGUAUGAACUUCACUGCGGCUAUUGUAGCUAUUGAAGAGCUGGCGCGUGUCGACCCUAGCGUUAGCGUUCUGGUCGACGUGCACAACACGCUGGUGAACACAGCUUUCAUCAAGUAUGGUAGCACCCAGACACAGAAGAUGUGGCUGCCCAAGCUCGCUACCGGCACCGUCGGCUCCUUCUGUCUGUCUGAAGCAGGCUCUGGGUCCGAUGCCUUUGCGUUGCAGACCAAGGCCGAGAAGACCGCGGACGGCUAUAAGCUUAACGGAUCCAAAAUGUGGAUCACGAAUUCCAUGGAAGCAGGCAUCUUCAUCGUCUUUGCCAACCUCGACCCCAGCAAGGGCUAUAAAGGUAUCACGGCCUUUAUCGUGGAGAAAGACACCCCCGGAUUCUCCAUCGCCAAGAAGGAGAAGAAGCUCGGAAUCCGCGCUAGCAGUACCUGCGUGCUCAACUUCGAUGAUGUUGUUAUCCCCAAGGCUAACCUCCUGGGCGAGGAAGGUCUGGGCUACAAGUACGCCAUUGGCAUCCUGAACGAAGGCCGCAUUGGUAUUGCUGCGCAAAUGACCGGUCUGGCUCUAGGUGCAUGGGAAAACGCCGCCCACUACGUCUGGAACGAUCGCCGCCAAUUCGGCCAACUCAUUGGUGAAUUCCAGGGCAUGCAGCACCAGAUCGCGCAAGCCUACACCGAGAUAUCAGCCGCCCGCGCACUAGUAUACAACGCUGCCCGCAAGAAGGAAGCAGGCCAGGACUUCGUGCAAGACGCUGCCAUGGCCAAACUCUACGCCUCCCAGGUUGCAGGCCGCGUCGCUGGCUCUGCCGUCGAAUGGAUGGGCGGCAUGGGUUUCGUCCGCGAGGGCAUUGCCGAGAAGAUGUUCCGGGAUAGCAAGAUCGGUGCGAUCUACGAGGGUACUAGCAACAUCCAGCUGCAGACGAUUGCAAAGAUGCUUCAGAAGCAGUAUACGACUUGA